UGGUGAUCUCGAAGCAGACAUCACUCAACUCUUCCGUCGCCAGCGAUACAGCACACACACCACCGCAGUCAUGGUUUCCUCGAUAAUCCCCCCAAAGGAGCUUGGACAGGCCAUCGGCAGCACCAGCGACGCUGCGCGCAUGCAAAACGUUGUUGGGUUCUACGAGAAGCUCCCACGAGGAAGCGCACCCCAAGCGAAGCCAAGCGGCCUGCUUCAGAGAUACCAGGCCAGAUACAUGGGUAACAAGGCAUCUCCAUGGCCACUCGUCCACGUUAUCGGCACUCUUCUCGUCGUCGGUUAUGCUCAGAACUACUACUUCCAUCUUCGUCACCACAAGAACAACGCGCACUAAGCGGCACAUGAGGCGAUGGGGUAUAGAAAGGUCUCUAGAGCUAAGAAGCAGACUCUGUGUAUAUAAGGAUACGAAGCUGCGUGAGCGAGUUUCUUUUGUGCCAUAUUCCACGUUCGCUAUCCUCUUUUCCAAACAAGUCACGUGACUCCGAUCGAGUAGUCUCCGAAACGCUGUCGCUAGUGAGAGCAGAGGGUAUGUCAAGUGAAGCGGA